UAAGGGGUAAGUUACAAAGGGCAAUUCCAGACUUCAUUGGCGCUUCAUGCCGCAAAAAGGGCGCCCUUUUCCUUACAGCCUCAAUAUGGACCCUGAAACUUUUGAACAAGCAAGCAACCAUGCACAACUGAGCUCCGAUACCAGAGACCCAGAUUUAUCCCUUAUACCUGGUCUACCAGAUGACAUUGCCCUUCUCUGCUUGGAACCGACCAAACGGCGAUGGCGACCCCUGAAGGGCGUCCCACCUCAAUGCUCCAAAAGGUACGGCAUGGCAUUCGGGGUCCUAGGCCACCGGCUCUAUCUAUUAGGUGGAUGCAGAUGGUUGGAAGACGCAUCGACGCAAGUGCAUUAUUAUGAUGCCAUCACAGACGAGUGGGGAGAGGCCGCCCCCCUCGUAAAACCUAGGUGCCAUUUUGUAUGUGAAAGCUUGGAACACAAGCUCUAUGCCAUUGGGGGCAUGGGCCUCAGCUCCGAAACCUUACACUCCUUUGAAGUUUAUGACCCAAUAAAAAAUGAAUGGACCCUCUCCGAGGACCCAGACAUUUUAGCUGACCCUGGAGAAUCCCUCAGUUUUGAGGGAAACAUAUACAUUAGGCAUGUGAGCCCCGAUGUGGUCCCGUCCCACUACGCUGCAAUGUGUCGGCCAUCUGCGGGUGGCAAGUGGCAACCAGUGGAUGGUGGGAUGGUCAUGGGGUUGCGUGGGCCUGCUGUGGUGGUAGGAUCUAGGGUAUAUAUGGUAGACCAAGGAUCAGGGGGAGUGAGAUUGAUGGUUUGGGAUGAGAAAGAAAGAGAUUGGGUUGGGGUUGGGAGGUUGUCGGGGUUGGUGGUGAGGGGCCCUUGUAAGUUGGCAGGGUUGGGGGGGAGGGGUGUGGUGGUGGUGGGGAGGGGGAUGGGGGGAGCAGUGGUGGACGUGAAGGCAUCAGGGAGCAGGGGAGUGGGGGUGCUAGUAGGGUCGUCAGUGGUGGGUUUGGGUGGAGAGUGUUCAAAUAAUCAAGUGAUUUGCUGUGAGAGCAUAGCGGUUUGA